AGCUUAAUAUGAAAUAAAAGACUAAAUAAAUAGAUCCAAUCAUAAACAAAAAUCUGGAUUAAAAUAAAUGUCAAUUGGAAUAAAGGUUAUAUAUCAAUGGUUUAAGGGUAUCAACCGGGAUGCUUUAGGAUGGGGGGAUUUUCGGGGAGAGGGGAUAUUCCUUUUUCAGGGUGGGGGAACCUUGUCUUUUUGGGUGGUUCUUUUGCUGGUUUUUUGUGGAUUUUCUCUGGGAGUUGAUGUGCUCUUGUGUCCUCCUUUUGGAUGGUGCUUUGAUUCUCCCUUGCUUCAGCUUUCCAGAGGAUUUCUUUGCUUGAGUUGUGUUCCGGAUGCUGCUUCCUCUUCAAGGUCAUGUUCUCCAAGGAGAUGUAGCCGUGUCUUGGUUCCUUUGCCUGUGGUGCAUCUCGAGUUGAUUAUGUUGAUCCUUAUUUGCUCGGAUCUGUCAACGUGCUGUCAACUUUUUCUACUCCAAUUGGAUCUUGGCUUUGAUGAUCAAGGGCUUCAAGGGAUCUUGAAGUCUCUACUCUGUUUUUGGAUCAUAUUUGUUUUGUGGUCUUAGGGCAUUGCUGUCACUGUUUGAGGUUGAUUUUUAGGAAUUAUGUCUUUGUUGUAUAGCCUCCUUGUUUCCUGCUGUUGUUUUUUAUCUUAGGCAGGAUCGAGUUUAUUUUGUGAGGUUACUGAUUGGUGAGGGCAUGCUGCUGGUUUAUGUAAGCAGUGGUGAACCUUUUUGUCCAGGCUUUUCUUGCCAUGCCGGUUUUCAUUUCAUACCAAUGAGAGUCUCUGGCAGCUCCAGUUCGAGACUGUCAAUGGUAUAUCGGUUAAGGGCUAAUAAAUUCCA